UUCAUUAUCCGUCUGCAAUAUGGAACGAAAUAGACUCCAGAUGUUCUCUUGUUUCAACGUACUAGCCAUGAGUGGCCAAUUCGACGCCGGGGUCAGGGUGGGAAUGGUCUUCAUAGUCGUGGCAUCUGCUGUAUCAGCACUUGCCGUCGGUGGUGUGUUGCUUUACAUUGCCUAUAGCGCCGUUACCAUCAAGCGGGAUGCCUCGCGGAGGUGGUCAACCGACACGCAUAUACACUAUUAUUUCCUCCAUUUGAUGAUCCUUGACUUCAUCCAAACUAUGGGUGGGUUACUCAGCAUUAAGUGGAUCGUAGAAGAGAACUUGUACCCCGGUGCCUUUUGCACCGCUCAAGGUAUUUUCGCUUUCACUUCGCUGAACGCUCGUCUUUCAUCGCAUGCAGGUUUCUUCACGCACGUGGGUGAUAUUGGAGUUGCUCUUAGCACAACGGCCAUUGCUUUGCACAUACUGCAAGUAUUGGUGCUAGAGUGGAGGUCUCCACCAAAAUUUGCACUCUUUAUACUGGCAAUAAUUUGGCUGGCCAUCCUUAUUCUGGUGAUCGUGCCGAACGUGACUCAACACAACAUUUAUGGUCCCACUGGCUAUUGGUGCUGGAUUGACGGAAGUACCAUGGAGCAGAUCGGCCUCGAUUACAUAUGGAUGUGGUUGGCUGCUGUAUUGAACAUCAUCUCAUACUUGCUCCUUGCACUUGUGAUUAGACGACCCGUGCCUGUGGAUGGUGACAGAUUCUGCUGGAGGGGAGAGCGGGAGAGGAUAAGCAUUCAAGAUAGAGCGGGUGCACCUGCAGAGAGCGCCAGGGCAAUUCAAAUGUUGUUCUACCCCUUGGUGUACAUUAUAGUUGUGUUGCCUAUAUCAGCAGCUCGUUUUUCCGAAUUCAAGGGUCAUACCGUUCCAUUUGCAGUGACAAUUUUCACAGACACAUUGUUCGCGUUAUCCGGUCUGUUCGACACGAUCUUGUAUGCUUUUACUCGUCCAAGGUUGUUGCCACGUAGACCUUCGCACGAUCCACAGUCAGUGCUGCUAGCACGUAUUAGUGGUGCGCGGAUGGCGCACGAUCGCUUUCCGCAGGACCACAUACCGGAGUAUGGCAACUUCGUUACAGACUGGCCGGUUCAGGCUCCAUGAUAUGCCAGAACUUCUGCGGUCUUCGAGGUCUCUACUAGUACAUAUCAAAAAGCGGGGCUUCUCCUGGGAGGAAGAUCAUGGGAAAGUUCACCUGUUUCUUACGACGGAAAAUAUCAAUAUUUUUUCUUGUAUCUGUAGUAUUACCACUCCAAGCUUCCCGCCGUGUGUGGUCUUUCUAGCUUGUCGUUUUCUGCUGGUAACUCCAGGGAGUAGUCUCGUCUUCACAUGUAUGUUUGCCUUGUUACCUUACUUGGAAGGUCACCUCAUGUUGGCAAAUGUACACGAACAAACAAGUUCAUAUUUAGCUUGUGCACCCUUGUACCUACAUGACAAACGUUUUUGAG